GCUUCUGCCCAGGAGCAAUGGAGAGCAGCGUCCACCUGAGUGGCCUGCUGAGCCGCCACGAUGACGAGGCCACCAGGACGUCCACCUCCGAGGGGCUGGAGGAGGGUGAGGUGGAGGGUGAGACCCUCCUCAUCGUGGAGUCGGAAGACCAGGCCUCGGUGGACUUAUCUCAUGACCAGAGUGGGGACUCCCUCAACAGCGACGAGGGCGACGUGUCAUGGCUGGAGGAGCAGCUGUCCUACUUCUGUGACAAGUGCCAAAAAUGGAUACCAGCCAGUCAGCUGAGGGAACAGCUCAGUUACCUUAAGGGCGAUAACUUUUUCAGGUUCACUUGUUCUGACUGCUCUGCAGAUGGCAAGGAGCAGUACGAGCGGCUGAAGCUGACGUGGCAGCAGGUCGUCAUGUUGGCCAUGUACAACUUGUCCCUGGAAGGCAGUGGGCGGCAGGGCUACUUCCGGUGGAAAGAGGACAUCUGUGCCUUCAUCGAGAAGCACUGGGCCUUCCUGCUGGGGAGCAGGAAGAAGACCUCCACCUGGUGGAGCACCGUGGCUGGCUGCCUGAGUGUGGGGAGCCCCAUGUACUUCCGCUCGGGGGCGCAGGAGUUCGGGGAGCCAGGCUGGUGGAGACUGGUGCACAAUAAGCCGCCCACCCUGAAGCCCGAGGGCGAGAAGCUGUCGGGCUCCUCGCUGAAGGCCAGAGCCUCGAAGCCCACGCUAGACCCCAUCAUCACUGUGGAGGGCCUCCGGAAGCGGGCCGGCCGGAACCCAGUGGAGUCGGCCAUGGAGCUCAAGGAGAAGCGGUCCCGCACGCAGGAGGCCAAGGACAUCCGGCGGGCCCAGAAGGAGGCGGCCGGCUUUCUGGACCGCAGCCCCGCGUCCACACCCGUCAAGUUUGCGAGCCGGGCCCGCCGGCCAGACGUGGUCCUGGAGCGGGGCGAGGUGAUUGAUUUUGCAUCGCUAAGCUCCUCGGACCGCACGCCACUGACCAGCCCCUCACCGUCACCCUCACUAGACUUCUCCGCGCCUGGGACACCAGCGUCGCACUCGGCCACACCGAGCCUGCUGUCGGAGGCCGACCUGAUCCCUGACGCCAUGCCCCCGCAGGCGCUGUUUCAUGAUGACGACGAGCUGGAUGGUGACGGCGACAUUGAUCCGGGAGUGGAGGACCCACCGCCAUCCCUGGGGCCCAUGGCUUUGGGCCCAGGGUCUGGAGGCAGGAAGAAGGUUAGAGCCCCAGAGCACAUCAAGCAGGAGGUGGACAGCGAGGAGGAGAAGCCGGACAGGGCAGAUCUGGACAGUGAGGACACAGACUCCAGCACGUCCCUGCAGACCCGGGCACGGGACAAACGGAGGCCGCCCCUGCAGAAGGACACACGGCCACAGGGUCCCCGGUAUGUGCCCGCCAGCAUCUACGAGGAGAAACUGCUUCUGCGCAGGCUGGAGGCCUGUCCUGGCGCCGUGGCCAUGACGCCCGAGGCGCGCAGGCUGAAGCGCAAGCUAAUCGUCAGGCAGGCCAAGAGGGACCGGGGGCUGCCUCUCUUCGACCUGGACCAGGUGGUUAACGCUGCCCUUCUGCUUGUUGAUGGGAUCUAUGGAGCCAAAGAAGGGGGGCUGUCCCGGCUCCCGGCUGGACAGGCCACCUACCGGACCACCUGCCAGGACUUCAGAAUCCUUGACCGCUACCAGACAGCCUUGCCAUCCAGGAAGGGCUUUCGGCACCAGACCAGCAAGUUCUUGUAUCGCUUGGUAGGCUCGGAGGACCUGGCUGUGGACCAGAGCAUUGUCAGCCCCUACACUUCCCGGAUCCUAAAGCCCUACAUCAGGCGUGAUUAUGAAACAAAGCCACCCAAACUACAGCUCCUGUCCCAGAUUCGUUCCUACCUGCACAAGAGUGAUCCUCACUGGACACCAGAGCCCGACGCACCUCUCGAUUACUGCUAUGUGCGGCCAAAUCAUAUCCCAACGAUCAACUCUAUGUGUCAGGAGUUUUUCUGGCCUGGCAUCGACCUUUCUGAGUGCCUGCAGUACCCUGACUUCAGUGUGGUUGUCCUCUAUAAGAAAGUCAUCAUCGCCUUCGGCUUCAUGGUUCCCGAUGUGAAAUACAACGAGGCCUACAUUUCGUUUCUACUCGUCCACCCCGAAUGGAGAAGAGCAGGGAUCGCGACUUUCAUGAUCUAUCACCUGAUCCAGACCUGCAUGGGCAAGGAUGUGACCCUGCAUGUCUCAGCGAGCAACCCCGCCAUGCUGCUCUACCAGAAGUUUGGCUUCAAGACUGAAGAGUACGUGCUGGACUUCUACGAUAAGUACUACCCGCUGGAGAGCUCUGAGUGCAAGCACGCCUUCUUCCUGCGGCUGCGGCGCUGAUGCCGUGCUCCCUGCAGAAGUACGUGUCUGUUAGGGGAUAGGUCUACAUGAGAACCCGCAGGUGACGAGUGUACCCCAUGGGUGCAGCCCCUGCGCACAGUGGGGUGGCCCUUCCACCGUCACUCUGGUCCUCUCUGGAGCACCAAUAGCUGUGGGUUUCCUCCGUCAGCUCUGCUGCUGUAGGACGCUGCUAUCCCCCGCCGCUGGCUUGCAGGAGCAGAAGCCCCUGAGCUGCUGCUCUUGGAGAGAGCCCGCUGUCCCAACCCAGUGUGAAAGCAGUGACCAGGAGGCUCCACGCUGCCUGGUGACAGAUGGGCGAUUCUGGAAGUGGCUGCUGACCUAUCCCCAGCUGGUACUGUGCUGUCACUGAGUCCAGGAGGCUUGCAGGGCCCCAGAGUUCUGUGUCUCUUUUGCUGACCUCGGUCACAGCCUGAAGAAUAAAAGUCUGUGUUGCUCUCCC